AUGGCUCGAAAGACCAAAGAUAGCAGUAUUUUUACAGAAGCGAUAAAUUCAGCUACUGCUAAUAUUGGUAAGGUCAUUACGCUAUCACCAAUAACAACGAUCGAUAUCCUCGACUUAGAUGAAAUCUCCACUGAGGGCGACGUCCGCGAAGUACUUAAACGUGAAUUCGCUGACAGUCUGGAGAUCAAACGGAUAAAUCUGACAAACCCCACAUCACGAGGCAAUCGAGCAGUUUUCUGCGAGAUAAACGAGGCCAGCGCGAUCAAGGCCCUUUACAAGGCUUGUAUAAAGAUCAGCUGGGUCAACUGCCGUAUACGCCCAGUUACAAAAGUAACCUGCUACUUCAAGUGUCUUGGGUUUGGACACCAAAUACGGCAGUGUGCGGGACCAGAUAGAAGCAGGUGUUGCUACAAAUGUGGCGGAGAAAACCACAAAUCCGUAAGCUGCACGGAGAAGCCAAAAUGCUUCCUUUGUACUCCAGACAAAGAUGCCCAGGAUAGCCUAUGCGUAAUUUCUGGCACUGGAGCUUGCAAGGCAUUCCGCAUCGACCGACAGUCGGAGCGAUCGAGAAAGUCAUGA